GUGGGCCAAUUGUCAUGGUAACUCGGGAUUCCGCGCGCGCUGCCGCCACCGCCGCAGUGAGUCACCGCAACGAACGCGGGCACGAGCGAACGCACGCCACAGCGCUGGCGUACCGGACGACACCGGCGAGGGAUUGAUUACGGACUUGCAUUCAGAAGUGAUUGGCUGACAGCUGUCAACAAGUCGACCGUGCACGGGCAUCAGAUUUCCAUGGGACUAGACCUUGGAUGCCAUCGCCGGGAAGCAACAUUGCCCCCUUCUGCCUCAGACAACCCACAGGAUGACCCGGCGCGCCAAAAAGACAGAGUUGAGCCGGGAGCAGCAGGACCAGGCGAGGUCAGCCGUCAGUGCUAGCGUGCGGGCCAACCGCCCGCCGAUGGCGAGGUUGGCCGAGUCACCGCCGGACGAGCUAGAGUGUAAAAUCUGCUACAAUUGCUUCGACGCUGGCAGCCGCGAGCCCAAAGUUCUGGCGUGUCUGCACCGCCUGUGCGCCAAGUGUCUCAAGAGAAUGCUGGACGUGGGCGAGUCGUCCCCGUACAUCCUCACUUGUCCCUUCUGCCGUCACCAGACUCGCCUCCGGCAAGAAGAGGUGUGGCUGAUGGAGGACGACCGCCACAUCCUGGCAGUACUGUCGUGUGGCGAACGAGCUCGGCGAGGAGGAGAAGUUGUGCUCUGCCCCGACUCACUCACAGGUGACAUCGUCCGCCUUCACAUACAUACGAGUCAUCGGCCAUCGCAAUCCAAUCUACGUCUGGCGUGUACAGGCACAGAGCAGGCGCCCCGCCAUUCGGACUGCCUGGUGAUCACCAUCAUGGAGCUGCCGGCCGAGUCGCCAGCUUCGGACUCCCUGAGCGCGCUCAACGCCACGGCGGUCACUUUGUACCGGCAACGGGACUCGCUGGCCUGCGACCUUCCUGCCCACAAAUGUGACUCUUGGACAUCUGGCCCUUUGCCCCACUGCCUGCUGGGGGCACUGUGUCUGGUGUAUUUCAGCUCGCUUCCGGUGGGCAUCUACCUGCUGAUGAUGGCUCACAUGUGGCCGGGCGUGCUUCUGGUCAGCCUGGUCCCGUCCACGCUGCUUCUGCUGGUCCUCUACGGCUUUUGCCAGUGCUUAUGCCACAAGCUCCUGGAGGCGCUCGCCACCCAUUGCCACGACAACGCGACCAUCGCCAUCACGUCCGAGGAAGACGACUAGCACUUGCUGCGACCGCCCGGGAAAAUAUUGACAUUGUUGCUGUGACAGAUAGGACACGCGCACAAAAUUUGCAGUUUCACAAAAUUUGAAUGUCGCCAGACUUCAACUCAUCCGUCACGCCUUGGUUGUCGUUUCUAAAAAAAAGAAAGACAAAAAACGGAAAAUAUCUCUUUGUAGUAUAAUGUGCGUGGAAAUGACAGAUUUCUGGAAAGCUUGCUCACUCGGACGACCCAGUUGUUCAUGGCAAUGAUAUGAAAGCAACAAAUAGUCCAAGUAUUUUGACUGCAUGUUAUAUCUUGAUUGGCUUGGCGUUAACUUUUGGGAUGACUGCAGUCUCAGAGUGUCACAUGUGAUUGAUUGGCUUAGUGUCAACUUUUGUUAUGACUGCAGUGUUAGUGUUACAUGUCUCCUGAUCACAUCCGUCCAAACGUGCCACCAAUAUGGCGGCCGUGCUGCUAGCCUAGCUUAGCAUGGAGAUGGGAGGUGGCAAAGAGCUAAAUAAGUUUUCACCCAACAAGACUGGGCCUGGCUGAGAAUAGCCAAAAGUGACAAAUGAUUGACGCUCAAUAGCAUUGCCACGAUCUUUGUCAAAGGGAGGGG